AUGGCCUUGAUUCGCUGCUGCUUCGAGCCACCGGAACUGCCCGAGUUCUUCGACAGCUUCGUGCAAAAGUGCACGGAUCCCAGUUGCUGCUGCGGAUGCUGCUCCGCGCUCAGGCCGCGCUACAAGCGCUUGGUCGAUAACAUCUUCCCGGUUAACCCGGAGGACGGGCUAGUCAAGUCGAACAUGGAGAAGCUGACCUUCUACUCGCUGAGCUCGCCGGACAAGCUGGACCGGAUUGGGGAGUACCUGUACCAAAAGGCCACCAAGGAUAUUAACCGAAAGCGCUAUAAACUAGCCGAAAUUGCCAUGGAGGCCAUGGACCUGCUGCUGCAGGCUUGUCAUGCCCAGACCACACUCAACUUGUUUGUUGAGUCUUUCCUGCGGAUGGUUCAGAAGCUUUUGGAGGACUCGAACCCCAACCUUAAGAUAAUGGCCACCAAUUCGUUUGUGAAGUUCGCUAACAUCAACGAGGACACACCAUCUUACCAUCGACGAUACGACUUCUUCAUCUCGAAGUUCUCUUCGAUGUGCCACAGCGAUGCGGCUAGCAUGCGUGACAGUCUGCGUCUGGCUGGAAUCAAAGGAUUGCAGGGCGUCAUCCGGAAAACAGUGUCCGACGAUCUUGUGGAGAACAUCUGGGAGGCGGAGCACAUGGAGAAGAUUGUGCCCUCGCUGCUGUUCAAUAUGCAGUUUUGUGUAAACGUUAUGUUCGUGAAGAAAAAUUUACUGGCGUCCGGGGAUCUAACGCCCGUAGAGGACGCCACCAAUGUGACGCCACCGGCCUUGGCCGAGGAAGUUCUCCGUGAGCUGGUGGGACGCGCCUCCUUCGGUCACAUUCGCAGUGUGCUAAAGCCACUGCUGACCCACUUGGACCGACACGAGUUGUGGGUGCCCAACACAUUUGCCAUUCACACAUUCCGCAUCGUGAUGAUCUCCAUACAGCCACAGUACUCGUAUACCGUGGUGGAGACGCUGAUGCAGCAUCUGGACAACAACUUCAAGUCCUCUCCAAAAACACGCACUUCGCUCGCCGUGGUUCUGUCGAAGAUUAUAGCUAUUGCAGCGGGAGAGAGUGUCGGUCCCUCGGCCCUGGAUAUCAUCAACAACCUGCUGACCCACCUGCGGACUAGUGUGAGCACUACCAGCGAGAUUACACCAGAGGAGUCACAAUACCAGGAGGCGCUGAUCAACGCACUAGGCGAAUUUGCCAACCAUCAUCCCGACUAUCAAAAGAUCGAGAUCAUGCUGUUCAUCAUGAACACCGUGCCGGACCUGUCCAAGAAGAGCAAGGGCGACCAAAUGCUGCAGAACAUUCUGCUUAAAUCGCUGCUCAAGGUUGGCACUCAGUACAGCACCGUCUCCUUCGAAAAGGCUUUCCCUGCCUCCUUCCUGCAGCCGCUGCUCAAGAUGGCACGCGCUCCACACAAUCCCACGCGUAUGGUUGUGAUGCAAAUAUUGCAGGCUCUUCUAGAUCGUCAUCAGAACGAGCAGGUGCUCAGCAGCGUGAGUGUGAAGCCAUACCCGGCUCUCUCCCAAGAGCCGCCGUCGCGCUCCGACAUAAUUUUCACGCACAAAUACGGCGCCAACAUCAUGCAGGCGUUGAUCGACUCAAUGGCAUUGUCGGAUCGGGUUGACGCCCUGACCUCCAGUUUUAAUACCGCUGCUCUACUCAUCGUGGAAAUGUCCUGCAACGAGACCGUGCAAGAGUUUCUUCUGUUUAUCCUCGGAAUCCAGCAGGUAGCCUGCACUGUGGACACUCUGGGAAACGUACACAAAUGUAGUCUGCAUGCCAUCUCAAUUGGCCUGCUGGUGCUUAUCUCGCGUGUUAGUGGCAUCAACAACCUUCUGGAGUAUGCUCAAAAGAUAGUGGACGCACGGCGCGAGGAGGCCAGCCAUUUCCUUCCCCCACUGCUCGAGCCCAAGAAGCUAGCCGGAAAGACGUUUAAUCUGCAGCUGCCGCACUUGGCCAUAGAUAAGUUGGCGCUGGGCGAGUGCUUGCAGAACGCGGGCAUGGACGCCCAACGCCUCAACACUGGUGCUCCGUACUCGCUUAACCAGACGGAUCACCCAGGUCACCGUCACUCUUGGGUGGAGUCGGUAAGCAACCAGCUGACGCAGCGCAACAGCUCGGCGGAUCUGACGGUCUACAACGGCGAUGUGGACAGCGUUAGCAGCUCGCCGGGAGUGUGCAAAAAGCUCCUUGCGCCGGAGUUCAACUUCGACGCCAUGAAGCGAGCUCUGGCGGAGCCAACUGAGGCCGCUAAGCGGGAGCAACGCGAGCGCCAGAUGCAGAUAGUGCGCACCUUCCGCGAGGGCGAGUUCGACGACCUUAUGAGACGCACAGAACCUAAGCACGAUCUCAUCCAGAACCGCCUUAACGAGCUUUUCAACUCGCUAGCCGUGGAGCGUCAGAUCACCCAAAGCGACACCAAGACCAGUCAGUUGCAAGCCAGCAAUGAGAAGCCCAUCUACGAGACGAACUUUCCGGAACUCUUUUACUACUAAACCAUAUUUCUCGAAGCGUACACGAUAUCCGGCAAAUAUUCUCUAAUCAAUUCAUGUAUAUCUAUAGCCGAGAAAGCGAAUUUGUUUGGUGUCAGUAUGGAACUAGGUAAAUCUAAUUAAAUUUUCUGUUGUUAAAUGCAAACAAUUCAAUUGUUAAACGACCCUGAAUAUGUACUUUGAAUUAAUUGUUAUACAAAUACAUAUAUGUAUACAAGUAUAA